AUGUCGAGGAUGCUGCGAUUGGAGCUGGUUGGUCUCGUGCUGUUGGCCUGCACCCAGAUCCUCACGGAGCACCGGGACUUUUACGAGCCGAGGACCCAAUACGGCCACUACUCGAGGUUCCACGAGGGUCCGGAACGUGUCACCAGAGAGGUCCGUGUGAAGCAGGGACGCGUACGGGGGAUAGUCGUCCAGCCGAGGACCAAUCACGAUAUACAGCCGGUCGACGUGUUCCUCGGGGUGCCGUACGCGGAGCCUCCUGUCGGAUCCUUAAGGUUCUCGCCGCCGAGAUCGCCGGAACUGUGGCGCGGUGUACGCGAAUGUCUGGAAUUCGCUCCUGUGUGCCCGCAAGUGCUACCGAACCUGCGGGACGAAGUGAAGCCUGUCCGGUACGAGUACCUGGAGAAGCUGUUACCCUAUCUGAGAAACCAGAGCGAGGACUGCCUGUACCUGAACAUCUACGCGCCCCAUCAGCCGGAGGGCCAAAAAACACUGCGAAAAUAUCCGGUGAUGGUGUUUAUUCACGGGGAGAGCUUCGAAUGGAACAGUGGCAACCCAUACGACGGUACUAUAUUGGCAGCUUACGGGAACGUCGUCUUCAUCACCGUCAACUUCCGUUUAGGUAUCCUUGGUUUUCUGAGGCCAGGUACGAGAGACGACACAGCAAGUAAUUUCGGACUGCUCGAUCAAAUAGCCGCGUUGUUCUGGCUCCGAGAGAACGUCGCCGAGUUCGGUGGCGAUCCGAACAGCGUUACCUUGGUCGGCCACGGUACCGGCGCCAUUUUUGCUAAUCUGCUGCUUAUCAGCCCUGUGGCUAACAAGAAAGGUCUGUUUAAUCGUGCCAUACUGAUGUCCGGAUCGGCGUUGAGUGCGGAUGCUAUUGGUAAGGCGCCCCUGCAGAUCACGAAACAGGUGGCGCACGCUUUGAACUGUCCUACGACGACCGACAGCGAUCUGGCGUUUUGUUUACGGGGCCAGGACGUGAACACGCUGCUGGAAGUGAAGAUUCACAAGCCGAAAUACGUGCCGGCUUUCGCGCCGCUGAUCGAUAACGCCGUAAUACCGGACAAGCCUUUGAAUCUAAUGAAAAACCCACAACUGUUAGGCAGGUUUGAUUUGAUGUACGGUGUCACUGAGUCGGAGAAAUUUCAUAUUCUACCACCGGUUGCUUUGUUGCAUGGAAUGAUGGAUGGACAAAGGGACGAGGUACUGAAGGAUCACGCCAAGGCGACGCACGAACUGGAACCAGAACUCAUCCUAUCAAAGAUUCUGGAACAAUACGGCGAUUUCUCGGCCGGUUUCACGAACGACUACGCGACGAAGAAUCGGGAUCUGGUGCUCGAGGCGCUCUCCGACAGCGGGACCGUGGCGCCAUUAAUAAUGACCGCGAAUUUGCAUUCAAGGGCGAACCCGAAGAGCUACAUGUACGUUUUCUCGCAUCCGAAGGCGAUGCAGGACUACUCUGGCCAACAACGCCAGCGCACCGUGCACGGCGAAGAGCUGCCCUAUGUGCUUGGUGUGCCUCUCGACGGGAAUAAAUACGACCUUCGUCGCCGAUACAACAUCGGGGAAACUCUCUUUUCGGAGGCCAUGAUGAACUGGUGGUGCAGCUUCGCGUAUGUUGGGAAUCCAAAUAUCGCGAAACGGUACCCGUACCUAACGGACGGAUUGAAGGAAUGGGGCCAGUACGAGAUCGAGUGGCUGGAAUACGAUCUCCAGAAUCAGACGUACUUGAAUCUGACGAUUCCACCGACAAUCGGUUCACGGUAUCGUCCGGAGGAGAUGCAGUUUUGGAACGAGUACCUGCCCAACAUGCUCCGUCAUCCGAACAAAGAUAUUCCGUGGCCGAUCCGACCGAAGGGGCUUCGACCGCAGAUUCUCGACAUAGCGGACGGGAUUGGAAGGUACGCGAACGCGAGCACCAACAGGAACUACGAAACCUACGGCAUCAGGUCGGCGACGGACAACAAAGCUACAACUCCGGAUUCCACGAGUCGACCGGACCAGGAAACCGUUCUUCAACCGACAACGCCAAAGAGCUCAUCGGUGAUCACGAUGCUGACCGGUUUCGGUGUGGUGUUCCUUCUCAUAAACUUCACCGCGUUCCUCUAUCUGUACUGCAAGAAGCUGGACCUGAAGAGCAAAGAGGCCGGUUUAAAGAGACGCGCCAGCCAGAAGGACGACUCGAAACGCGCAAAGUCCGAGAAAUACGAGAACCACUACGGAGAGCUCGGCUAUAAAAGCGAUAGCAAGCCGGAUCUGAACGACGUGAUAAAGAACGACAAGGCGUACGACAACAAUUCAAACUUCGGCAGACGAUCGAAACUCUCGAGACAGAACUCCGGCUCGACCAUCGAUACCCACAUCAAGGUUAGGGAGUGGAUACAGCAGGAGAUCGUGCACAGGUGUUCGCCUCGGUUCCUCCGGAAGACGCGCGAGACCCUGCAGCGGGAGCACCAGGACAAGCUGACGAAACAAGAGGAGGAAGAGAAGAAGAGGUUGGAGGAGGAGAUGCUGAAAGAGAAGAAAGAGGAGCCGAUAUACGACGAAAGUCCCGCGCUGGUCGUGCGGCCUGGCAAGAAAUCAAAGCUUCCAAAGGUUUCCGUGGGCAUCGACGCCACACCCGCGACCAGAACCGAAUCGAUUCUGAACCAGGUGCCUAUUGAGCUGGCGAAAGGCGUCGAGCCGUCAAACGAGUCGUACGAGUUUCAAACCGCUCCUCAGGUGGUCGUGAUCGAGCACCAUCACUCAAGGAGCGACCCGCUGCCGAUGGAGAACGUGUUGAAGAGCGUGAAACCGAACUUCUCCACGCCAAGGAUUUACGAGUCGGAUUCCGGUAGCGCGAGCAGCCUGUACGCGAAGAUUAAUCCGAAACUUAAGUCUAGGCUGCCUCGUCUCGAGCUGGGCGUCAAUCCCGAGGCAUCUAUCGCAGACGAGACCGAGGAGAUUUACAUAAAAACGGGAUCGAAGUUGACCACGUUCGGCGUGAACACUCCACAGUGCGACAUAAACGUAACCUGCAGAGAACCUGUCGCAGAGAGGGAAUGCAUCAGUCCGGAGGAGGCUCUAAGAACGAUCAAACGCAGGAACUACCCGAAGGUCCUUCCAGACAUCGAGAAAAGGCGAUCGCUUCCGGCGCCUAACAGCCUUUUCAUACCCAAGCAGCAUGCCAAUUCGUUGAGGGACUAUAGGGGUGGGCUGCAUUCGUCCCCGUCCUCUCACCAACCGCCCCAACCUCCUCCACGGAUUUUCGGUCCGUCCAGGAGCCUGGAUUUUGCGGAGGAGAACGAGACCCAGUGCGAGGCCGAACAAGUAACGACCAAUCUGCACAUUGGUCCACUGCUAAGAAGGCAGGAUUGCUCGGGGAAAAACAAUUCUGACCCCAGUAUCAUCGACUCUCUCGACGAGAGGAUAGACAGGUCCUCCAGGACACAGACCGGAGGCAGCGUGGACACAAUCUACUCGAACCCCAUGUGUCCAGUUCAUGGGAUGACACAGCCAAUUUCUCACAGCACGGACAAGAACAUUGGAAGCCCAACCGCCUUACUGGAAACGGGUAUAGGGAAUCCAAAUUGGUAUAGGUCCCCAUCAGGGAAUGAACCUUCCAUAACGAUGGCGUCCUCGGAGCCACGAAUCAUGAGUAAAGGACCCGUAAACCAAGUUCAAUUCGGAUCCAAUUGGGAGACGAGAAUUCCUGCCAUGGAGCCCAGGAUCGUAAUCACCCCAAGGGUGGGUAAUCUUCUGGGACAAGCCAAUCAGAAUUUGAGUCAGACUGUCGUGAACCUUGGAGAUGUUUCUUCGAUCGAUCGAAUCGAUAGAGAACUGGGAACGGCUGUUCGAUCAGACUCAACACCUGCGAUCGGUGCUAACAUCGUGAACAGAUGUCACGUUGGUUCAGCGGAAAAGCUUCAGCCCGAUCCAGCGAUCACGUGUUCCUCCCCAGAGUCAAGGAUACCAGCUUUAACCAACAUGGACAGAAAGGAGCCAAGAAUAAUAAUCACACCGAGGGAUCCGAAAGGCUCUUCCUCGAAUCUGAAGCAACCGAAGAUCAUCAUCAAGCCCACUUCUAGCCUGCAGAGAACCAGGGACCACAGGAACAUACCCAAAGUUUCAGCCAUUCCGCCACCAGAGGCACAAUGUUCGCAGAGCAACGAGAGGGACAGACUCGUGGAACAGAGGGAGAAACCUCCCCUGAAGGAGAAGCCGAAGGUUACAAGAAUUCCAUCGUUUUCCAGGCGCGUGGACGAUACCUCGAGCGGAAUCGAGAGGCCUUCCGUUCCCGUAUACGCCGAGAAGACGGAAAUAGUGCAGAGGGUGGAGGCAGUGCCCGGCAAACUUGUGAGCGUGUCCGUGACUGGUGACGGGAAGUCGAGCAUUCCGACGUUGCAAAGGAAGGACGCCGAGAAGUCGUCGAGCGUCGACCCGAGCAACGGGAAUACGAAUACCGGGACGAUCAAGAAGAAACCGGUGAGCAGGAAGUAG